AUGGGAGAGAGCUCGCCGGAUCUCAGCCUCCGGCUCCGCCGAGGCAGUUCCGACUCUAGGGAUUCCUUCUACAUGGACUUUGCCCAGGGCAUCGACUCAGACAUCGAGGAGGUAACGCGUCCAGGAGAAAACUCGGACCCGAUGAUGGACAACCAUUUGGAAGAAACUGGGAACGAACUGCCGCUGCUAGAGGACGUGAUGAUCACGAUCCCGGAGGAAGCUUCGGAGGAGCUGCGCGAAGAGGAGGAAGCCGCGGCGAUGGAGGCUGCGUUGCGAACACCCGAGGGCCGCCCAAUAAUUAACACGGAAGCCGAGAAACCAACGCAGCAGCAACUCCCGUCCCAGCUCUCCACGCUUGCCCCGCAAGACUGGCCAGGAUUGCCGGCUGCACUACCGUCGCCGGCUUCACCGUCCGCGGUAAUCGUUUCGCCGGAAACGCUGUCUAGACACAGCAGCAGCUCACCCUCCCGCGCUCACCGGCCACCCCAGUUCGCCCUGGCUCUACCAUGCUCCUCGCAGCCGAUUUCCGCGGUCUGCUAUCCGGCACCGACCUUCCUCGAUGUCGCCGAGGACCGGAAGUGGAAGAAGCUUGGAUGUGACGCCCUGGCAACGACUUUUAGCGCUCUUUACGGAAAGCUGCUGGUCGUCAUGGGAAUCGCUUUUCCCAUGGCUGAAGUAAUAUCCACCUACAUACCGCCAUCGUUCUACGAAGGAUUCUACCUUUACCUCUACUUCGGCAGUAUGAUAUUUCUCGUCUACAUGUACGCCACGUUGCUUCGCGACGGCAAAUCCAAGUCAAGAAGGUCCGCUACGAGUUGUUUUACGAAGAAACGAAAGGACGUGUGCGACCUGGACUCGUCGCGAUCGUCGAGCGGCGCCGGUGGCGACAGCGAUGUUGCGGACACCACGUGUCCGCACGUGACUGCUAUCAAACCAGCUCAACACUACGGAAGCUUUUAUCUACGAAUGGGUGCGGUGGCGUUCGGUAUCGGCUCGAUGAUCUACUCGGGACUGGAAUUUGGUCAGUACUUCGAGCUGGAGCAGAACACCAAGUGCCACAACAUCAUGCUCGCCCUCACGCCGGCCACUAGGAUGGCGUUCAUCUUCAUACAAAUGUACUUUAUAUUUCUGAACAACGAGCAAAUGAAAGUUUAUCGUCAUCGGGUGGUUGCGCGUUUCGGGCUGAUGCACAUGAUUGGAACGAAUCUGUCGGUCUGGCUGAGCGUCCUUGUACAGGAAACGAAACACGAGAUAUUGACGUUCUACAAUCCGGAGAACAACUCGUUAAAGAUCUCCCACAGAUUAGGUUCGAAGGCCAAUCUUAAUCUUGGGGGACAUAAUCACUACCACCAUGGCGAGCACCUGAGGCUACCGAGAGGUCUGAAAGGGCCGCAUCACAUGUUCGAGUGUCGUCGAACCAACAUAAUGGGAUCGUUAGUCCAGGACGCCAGCCCGUUUCUAUUUCCUUGCACGAUCGAGUACAGCUUAAUUUGUGCUGCGAUUCUAUACGUAAUGUGGAAAAAUAUAUCGAAGGCGGCGUUUUCUCAGCCUAAAACACCUCCUGGGUCCCGGCAUCAUGCUCAUGCUUACAGGAGAUCGCCGCAUCACUACAGCGUGGAUUGUGCCCGGGCGCACAAAGGUCUGUUCGUGGGCAUCUUGAUCCUGGUGCUAACGAUCAUCUCGCUAAUUUUAUUCUUCGUGUUAAUAUCGCGUCCAGAAUUGGUCAGCUUCGCCGUCACCGAAGUGAACGUCUGCGAGUUAACGUUAUACGGAAUGUCGACGUUGGCCACGCUGAUAGGGAUGUUCCAGAUGCGAAAGCUCCGUUACGACGGCACCCGAAACCUAGAACUGGACAACAUUCUUCUAGUAGCCGCGCAGACGGGCAUGUUCAUUUAUUCAACGUUCACGAUCAUCGGCGCCCAAUUUACUCUGGCCAAGCACACGAUCUUGGUGCUUAUUACGGCGUUGGCGAGCGUUGUGCAGACUACGUUUCAAACCAUCUUCAUUUUGGACGCGUCAAGGAGAUCUGUCGUCACUGCGAAACAAAUAAGGAGGAAACCGGGUAGAGAGAUCGUGACGUUUCUACUGGUGACGAAUCUGGCGAUGUGGGCGAUUAACACGUUGGAAAAAUCGCGAGCGGAAUCGCACCCGGUGCAAUUGCAUUUCUACGGCCUGUGGGCGUGGACGAUCAUCACGCACGUCUCGAUGCCUCUGGCGAUCUUCUAUAGGUUCCACAGCACCGUCUGUCUGUGCGAGGUUUGGAAAAGGGCGUACAAGGUGAAACCAACCUACAUGUGACGUAAGGGGUCUCGUGAGGUCGUGUACAAGACCACGGCUCCUCAACGACCGAAAACCUUGCCGGGCAGGCUGGAUGCCAUCGCGGAGAACGAUCCAAUUUACUUCAUGUAAUCGCGGAGAAAAGUCUCUUUGUGAGCUACGUGGUCCAAGGUCGACGUCCUUUUACCUCUUCUUCGUCAAAUCCUCGUCCUACGUCCCUGAGGUGUUGCAAAAAGCUGUCGAUACAAUUUACCAAGUUCACUAUGUUAGUCGAGUAUGCGUUUCGAGGCGUUAUGCGUUGUUUUAGGUUGAUUUAGACACGUUAUACGUUAACGAUUUCACGUUAGUAACGCGUUAAAACGAAGCUCGACGAACCGUAGAGGAGAAAGUGGUUGGCAGCCGCGUUUGUUUUCGAUCGUCGAGAAGUUGUGUUAUUUAUUAUCGUUUAGAUAAUUGUAAGAAGCUUUUAUCUCGAAUCGUCGUCGCGUUAAAACGAAUCACGAUGUAUAUACGCAGUUCGUACGUGACGAGAUUCAGGAACGAACUGCGAACGAACGCGCAGACAUUUUGAAAUCUUUUAAUGGUAAUCGAUUUAAGGGAAACAAGUAAAAGAGUAGGAAAGAAUGGAGGCACGAUUAACGACGCACAAUUUUUACCGAGGUUAGAUGUUAGACGAUUAGUCGCUUAGAAUCGUCGAAGCAACGACUGUUCCUUCGAUUUUCUCGGGAACAAUGAGAUUUUUGUUCGAUAAGUAAGCGUUAAGACGAUUUUCUACCGAUCAAAAUAGCGAAUGAGAGAAAAGAGAGAAAGGCAGCGAGUGUGUGUAUACGAAAGAAUGAGGAAAGAAAGAAAGGUCUUUUUUCUUUGAUCGUAAACGUUCGUAAGACUGAAUUCUAAGCAACCUUAGGACGAUGGUUAAGGUGAUAGAAGAACGAUUACGUUUCUGAUGCAAGUCGACCAAAAUCCGCGUUAACCCAGAGAACCCCUGAUCGAUCUGUCCUUCGAUGUUACUCGAAUACUCUCACGGAUAUCCGUCUUCCACGUAGUACAAAGCUGCAACUUAACAUAAUGUCCCUGGUUAUUCGAAUGAAUAAUUCAAAGAGAGAGAGAGAGAGAGAGAGAGAGAAAGAGAGAGAGAGAGAGAGAGAGAGAGAGAAAGAAACUAAAAAAAUAAUCCAACGAUCGAGAGAAACAGAUUACCUAUAGCGAAGUCCUGACUGAACAACUCGAAUAGUUUUUUAUAUUGUUACUACGUAGAUGCUCUCGUCGUAAUUUUUUUACUCGAAGGGAAAGUGGGUUUGAAGUAAUAAGUAUAAAAGUCCAACGCGUCUGUCACGAUAGUUGUACAAAGUAAAUGUAUAGUCUGUUUCUCACGAUUUUAUGCGGCAACGUCUCGCGAUCGAUCGAUCGUGCGCAUUUCGAGGAAACGGAAGCCUCGAGAGUCGAGCGUGCGAGCACACAACGUUUAUCCUAUACAAGUCCACUUGAAUCACAUCGAAAUUGCAAGCCUUCAACGGUUCCUCGCAUGGCGUUGCACGUUAGUCACGAAUCUAAAUUCGAAAUAUCGGUUUGUAGAGAGAAACGCGGUGAGAACGAGCGAGAGGAAGAGGGAGGUCUCAGUUUUAAACAUAGCACCGAAUCGAUGCUUCGUGCGUUACUUCCAACCGUUUCAAAAAAAGAAAACGAAAAAAAAAAGACAAAAGAAAAAAGAAAGAAAGAUAGGUACGUUUAUAAAAAAGAAAUUCACGAGAUUGUUGAACGGUGGCAAUAAUGCAAAAGCAUCGUCCCGUAGAUUCCCAUAGAUUUAUCACGCGAAGUGAUAGAAAGAAAAUGUUAAGAUAAAAAAAGAAAAAGAGGAGAUAAGAUGAAGAUAACGUUCGAAGGAGGAACAGAGUACAAUGGCGAAUCAUAUCAUUAAGCCUUAAUCCGUCGAGUGUGCUGUCCAAUCUCUGAAUAAUUAAAAAAGGAAAAAGGGGUAUCGAAGAAUCGCGAUCGACCGCAACCUUGAAAGAAUUAGCCGAGACGACCUGCUCGAGUGUGUUUCAUACAUUUUCUGCUCAACGGAUGGUUCCACGAGGAGAGACCGAAUGAGAGAGUCGUACCGAUCUAAUCGAUCGGUGUACGAUACUAUUGUUCCGCGAGAAUGCCCGUAUGCGUUUGUUUUACCGCGUGUUGUGUGAGACGACUGCGUGACGAUAUGUGCGUGUGUCCCUUGGGAACAACUCGACGAGAAAAAGAAUGGUCAGGAGAGAGAUAAAGAGGAAACGGGAAAGCGUCGAAAGCGUAAAACGUUCGGUAGAGACAUUUUUAGUAGUUAAACGCGUGUUUGUCGUGCGAUAGGCGCUUUUUUUUUAUUCUUCGUCGAUAAACGAUCACACUUUCAGCGAUACUGGAAAUCUAAGCUGCAUAGUUGAACCGGUUGAUUCUUUUGUAAGAUGUAAAAAUUCGACUGUGAGGCGGCUGUAAAUACGAGGUUUCAAGGAGAAAGAAAAGAAGAGAACGUAAGAAGGAUAAGCGAAGAGAAAAGAUAAGAAAAUGGAUCCUCUCGGUGUUUAGAGCUAGUUGUGUCGACAUGUUUCUUCCUAUAUUAUAUAUAAUAUAUACACAUAUAUAUACAAAUAUAAAUAUAUUUAUUA